AUGGAGUCCGAUGCUGAUCCGGUUUUAUAUGCUUGCGCUCCAUGCAAGAAAAACAAAAGACGCUGCGAUAAGCGUGUUCCGAGCUGCGGCUCGUGUCUGAAGACCGGCCGAGUAUGCGACUACUCAAGCCCUCCACAGGUGACCCCCGAGAGCGAGAUCAGUGCCCUACAGCGCCGCGUCCAGGAACUCGAAGAACAUGUCCGGCAAUUUCCGGUUCAGAUGCCAUCCGUGUCUUCUACAAGCGGGCCGGUCGAUUCAAACUUGUCGAUACAGGCUUUUUAUCUUGAUUCAGAGGUUUGGUCCUCCCUGAAAUUCCCCGACAGACCUGCACAGAUUCUUGCCCCGGACGAUAUCUGUGCAGCUCUUGGCGACCAGGCCGAUAUCGAUAGUAUCAAGACGGGCUAUUUCCAGAGUAUACAUGUCUGGCUGCCGUUUGUUAGUAAAAUUAGAGUGAGCCGGCUUACUCAGGUGCCACAGAGUUGCCCAAAAACAGACAUCGCCCUACUUUUGCUGUGCAUGAGAUUGAUUCAAGAGGUUCCGGACAGAUAUGGUCCGCAUUCCUUGGAUCUCUAUAACCUUGCAAAAGAAUUUAGCAAGAGACUUGAGUUGGAAGGCCUCCUUACUUUAAGUACAGUUCAGGCUGGUGUUCUUCUUUUGCUCUACGAAAUUGGGCAUGGUAUUUUUCCAGCUGCAUUUAUGACAAUUAGCUACUGUGCAAGGCAAGGGGUUGCCCUUGGGCUACACAAUAAAUUUGCCCCUCAGCUAUAUGGUAAACCACGAUUCUGGGGUGAUUGGGAGGAGAGACAGCGGGUGUGGUGGACAAUCAUGAUUCUUGACAGAUACGUGGCUAUUGGGGGUGGUUAUCGCCCAUUAUGCACCGACGACCCUGGCAGGGACACGUUUCUGCCGGUGGAUGAUGACGCUUGGAAUAGUGGUGAAAUGGUACCCCCCGAGCGCGUGUCGUUGUCAUCAAAAACCAUAACCAAAGAAAUCUCCUCAUUUGCACGGCUAGCUCAGGCAUCCAAUCUACUUGGCCGUGUGAUAAGACACUGUGGUGAUUCAUCACUGGAAAUAAACUUCAUGCUGGAUGGCUUCGAGACGCUCUGUCAGGCAAACUAUUCGCUUUUGGAACUCCUACAGAACCAGGGUCCGUUGACAGGGCUAGACGCAGUUAUUGCAAGGACAAUAUGCUAUAGUGCACUUUUCAAGCUCUCUGAUAGCUAUUCGUGCGAAUUGUUCUAUGAGGAAACACAAUACGAUGCUCAGACCGCGCCUCGUGUCCGUCAAUGCUUAGAGAGGUCUCUUCAUAUAAUGAACGAUAUCUGCGGCCAAGUCACGACUCUAAUCCAAGAGGUCCGGGGACUACUUACUCCAGAGACACUAAAAACAGCCUCACCCUUGAUGCUGGAAUGUGUUUAUACCUGUGCUCAAAGUAUUUUAUGGAUUUCACAAGAGACGAAUAAUCAGCAACUCGCAUCUGCGAAGAUGGUGAGCGAAGACAUGUUGCGGUUCUUGGACGGUAGGUGGAAAGUAGCAGAUUUGUUGCGCAUAGGUGUUUACUUGGAAUUAACUAAGAGAAGUGAGGUAGGCCAGGAUGAGUGA